CGGGUCAGGGCGCGCGUUCCGCGGAGGCGCGCCGGGCAGCAUGGAGGGCGGGCGGCGCGGAGAGGCCGCGGCGGCGGCGGCGGCCGGGGACGGGCCCGCGCCCGUGUUCACCCUGGAGGAGGUGGCGAAGCACAACACCAGCCGUGAGGCCUGGCUGGUGAUCCACGGGCGCGUGUACGAUGUCACCCGGUUCCUGGACGAGCACCCAGGUGGAGAAGAGGUGCUGCUUGAGCAAGCUGGCAGAGAUGCCACUGAGAGCUUUGAAGACGUGGGGCAUUCCACAGAUGCCAGGGAGAUGCUGAAGCAGUACUACAUCGGAGAGGUGCACCCGAGUGAUCGUGAAAAGCAAGGUUCUAAGAAUUCAAGUAGGACAUCCUCAGACCAAACCAGUUCCUGGUCGACAUGGCUGAUCCCCAUCUUUGGAGCACUGGUUUUAGGUUUAAUGUAUCGUUAUUACAUGGCAGAUGGGAAAAGCUCCUGAGCUGGCCUUGCUGGGGCCUCAGACAGCCUGAGAAGAGGGAGAGAGAGUGUGUGUGUGCAACACGUGGAGUUCUGCUGCCCUUAGCCUUCCCGCCUUGCUUUUAGCUCUGAGUCUGUCAAGUGAUGUUGAUAUCCAUGGGACCAAGCUAAUUCCAAACUCUGUCCUAACUCUGGGACCCACAGAUCUGUUGUACUUCCCUCUUGCCGUGGCAGGGAAAGAGGAACUCCUGUUAUUCCCUGCCCUUGGCGUGGUGUCCCUCACGCUCUCUCUCGCUUCUCUCUCGCUCUCUGACAUUACCCCAGACAACCUUUUCUCUCAAUGCCUUUGCGUUAAGCCAGACACCAUGAAAGAGCUGCCCUGGGCCUGUGGCUCUGCCUCAGCCCUUCACACAGUCAGGAACCAUCUGCCAGUUGUCUCCAGCCCUUGCCAGCAAGGAUGUCCAGAGUUUGGUUCUGCAGGAACGUUCCCAGAGCGUGCAGGCAGCACCAACUGGAGCGGCAGGGAGUUGUUGGGUUGGCCUCCUCUUUCUGUUCCUGUCUGUUUUUAACGGUUCAACAAAUACAUGGAUUUUAAAAGUGA